CUUUUCGUCACUUACCAGGGAGCCAUACCGGUGAACAUAUUGCGAACAACUUCCUACAGGUUGUUCGUGAGUUGGAAGCUAUACACAAGAUAGGGGUGGUUACGUUGGAUAAUGCAUCCAACAACGAUACCAUGAUGGCGUCUCUGGAGAUCCAGCUAAGGCGACUCGGUAUUUCCAUUCGAUAAAGAAGGCAAUCGAAUUCGGUGCUUCCCCCAUGUCGUGAAUAUCGCCGUACAAACUGCGUUGAAGACCCUGUCCGCCUCUUCAGCCGAAACGUCAACCGACACGGAAACACUAUCUCGCGACCCGAUUCAGCUCUUGCGCUCCCUCAUCAACGACUGUCGUGCCUCCAGCCAACGGAGAGAAGACUUCCUCGCCACCAUAGAUGAAGGAAAUCGGUCACACGCAUGGGCGGAAGGGAAGGAGUUGCCUGUCGCCGAGCUUUUGAGGGAUAUGGAAGUUCGGUGGUCGUCAACAUACCUUAUGAUCGACCGCGCUCUCGAGCUUUAUCAGGCUAUCGAUUGUUUCCUCAAUAAAUCCAAACAGCGCGACAUCUCAUGUUACAACCUCACCUCAGACGACCUCAGAGUACUCGCUGACAUCCGGGAUUUUCUCGCUAUCCCUCACGAUGUUCAGCAAUUGCUAUCCAAUGAGAAGACACCAACUCUUCCGAAUGUUCUUCCCGCUUACGAAGAACUUUUGAGCAUGUUGAAAGACUCCGUCGACGACUUCCCUCACCUCUCUCAAGCGAUCGAAGCUGCCGUCUCAAAAAUUGAGGAGUAUGUUGGGAAAGCCCGUAAAACUCGUGCAUAUGCACUUGCGAUCGGUAAG